ACCCAAUACACAUCACAACACAUGAAACAUGCACCAUUCAUCAUCAUCAUGUCUUCAUACAUUCUCCCACAGUAUAUGGGGAAAAAAUAAAUAAAUAAAAAUAAAUCUCAACCUCAAUUAGUGCCAUUUGUUAAUCUCUCUCUCUUCCUUCCCUUUCUCUAUAUUUGGUAAUCAACAAAUUGAAACCAAUCUGAAAUCCCCAUUUUUCCUUCACCGCUUCAAUUUUCCCCCAAUCCAUAAUGUUCCUUUUCUCCUUCCUGUUCAUCCUCAAUCCUCCGAUUUUCAAUUCCUUCUGAUUUAUCGGUUUUGGUGUUGCAAUUAAUCGAUUGUUCUUCGCAGCAGAGAGAGAAAUCCAACCAUGGGAUUCAGAUCUCUGUUCCGUAAAAAGAAGCCGUUCUCCUCCGUCAAUUCUCCUCUCGUUUCCUCAUCCUCCACCCUCGGAACUCGAUCCUCAUCGGACGAUUUACAAGCUCAGAUCGCCGAACUCGAGGAAGUAUUCAAGAAAUUCGAUGUGAACGGCGACGGAAAGAUCUCCUCUGCCGAAUUAGGCUCGAUUAUGGGAAGCCUAGGGCACAACGCUACGGAGGAAGAACUCGCGAAGAUGAUCGAGGAAUUCGACGCUGAUGGUGACGGAUUCAUUAAUUUGCAGGAAUUUGUGGAGUUAAAUACUAAAGAAAUCGAUCCGGAGGAAUUGUUGGAGAAUCUGAGAGAGGCGUUUUCAGUGUAUGAUAUCGAUGGAAAUGGAUCGAUCUCUGCCGAGGAAUUGCAUAAGGUUCUGAGGAGUUUGGGGGAUGAUUGCUCGGUAGCGGAUUGCCGGCAGAUGAUCAGUGGCGUCGAUAGCAACGGCGACGGAAUGAUUAGCUUUGAGGAGUUCAAGGUGAUGAUGUCGACGGGACUCUCCGUCGCUGGCGCCUGAGAUUUAUCGUCCGGCGGCGGAUUUCAAGAGGAAUGUGCAUAUAAUUUGCCAGAAUUUGGAUCCUUUUUUUUCCGUUCUGUUCUCUGACAAAAUGUAUUGCAAGUUCUUCCACUAUCUUUUUUUUCUCUUUCGGGAUUUUAUCAUCAUUUUUUUCAUUUUUUUAAAAUAAAGUCCCUAUUUUGUUUUUCUUUUAUUAAAAUGAGAUGUUGUUCAUUGUUGCAUUGAUUUAUUAGCCACAUGUAAUGUUUUAUAUUAUUUUUCUAUGUAAAACUUUUACCUACAAUUUCAUGUUUAGUAAAAAUUUUACAUUUGAUUUA